GUUUUGUCUUUAAGAGGUUUUCUUGAAUUGUUAAAAGAAAAAAUUACUCUAAUGGAACAGAUCACAAUUCUAUAUGCUCAAAAACUAAUAGAAGAUUUAAUGGAAUCCUCAUCAUCAUCCGACGAAGAUGACGAAAUAUUUGCUGUACUAAAGGAUUUAGAUAAGCCAAAUCCAAAAGAACACUCAAGUGAUACAAAGGAGCAAAAGGAGACAAAUGAAAAAAAUCAAACAAUAGUUAAUGAUGUGACUGUAGCAAACGUUAAGAAAAUUACUAAUAUAAUGAAUGAAAUUCAUGAUGAUGAAGUGGCUGAAACAAAAGAAAUAAUUCAAGUAACAGCAACGGCAGAAAACUGCAAAGAAGAUGCAGUUGAAGUUGUUAAUUCGCAAUCAUUGGCCAAAAACAAAGAAAAUGCUGUAGAACAUGUUUUAAAACGGCUGGAAGCAGAAAAAUCAAACUUAGACAAAGAAGUUAAAGCAGCUUUUCAGGAAGGACGUUUUUUAAGCUUUGAAGAUAAAGUUAUGAAUAUGAUCUCAGAAAGAAAUUUUAAACACAAUUUCCAUGUAAGUCGAGGAACUGCUAUUUAUCUUAUGGAGAAAUAUUCAUUAUGGCAUUGCAAGAGUACUUAUCUAGAAAGUAAUGUAAAAUCUAAAGUGGAAACCAAUGUGUUAGCUUAUCUAUGGUUUUCUGCCAAUAAGACCAAUUUUCGCACUAUUGCAAAAUUAUUUAAACAAUCCUUAUCACAUAUAUACAAAUCCAUUAAGACAGUCGUAAAAUUUCUAGUAGAAGAAUUGGGACCGGAAAUUAUAAAGUUUCCCAAUACCCACCCAGAGAAAGAAGCCGUUGCCAAAGAGUUUGAAAUGGUGGCUGGUUUUCCCAAUGUACUGGGUUGUUUUGCUGAAAGUUUUUUUACUUUCAAAUUACAAAAAUUAGCCAAAGAUUGUGGUGGUUAUAUUGUUAACCUGCGUGGAGUAUGUGAUGCAAAAUCGAAAUUUUUAUAUGCUAAAACCGGCAUACCCCGCGAAACAAUAGACACCUUUUUGGAAAAAGACUUACCAGAAUUCUGCUCGUCCGACUAUCAUUUGCUGGGUGAUGAAAAAUGUCCCAUAAGAGAAUAUCUAAUGAUACCAUUCGAUAAUGAUGGUAAAUUAGAUGAGGCUGAGAAAAUGUUUAACAUAAAACUAAUUCGAACACAUGUUAAAAUUAAAAAGGCAUUUGGUUUAUUACGCAGUCGUUUUCAACAGUUAAAAUAUUUAGAUUUUCUAACGGCCGAAACAUUGUCCGAAUUUAUUUUUAGCUGUUGUAUUGUCCACAAUAUCUGCAUUGAUCGUGACGAUUCAUAUAAUGAGGAUAUUUGUACCGAUGUUUCCGAUAGACUUUAUGCUAGUUCUUUGAGCAGUAUUAAAAAUGAUGAGUUUCUUUCAGAUUUAGGUUUAAUGAAAAGAUUUGAACUUAAACAUAUUAUUUUUAAUAAUAAAACUUGAUUUAAAUACAUUUUUGUAAAACAUCUAUUGUUUUGAAAUUUUCCGUUAAUAUGUAUGACAAUACAUAACAAAAACAACAAAGAGGUUUAACAUUCGUUAAUAGACAUUUAUAUUAAUGAAUUUGAUUAUUAUUGAUGUUUAAUCUUUAACU